GCGUUGGUGCCGAAGGAGCUCACCCUUGCUGCCAUGGCGACAGCUUGGUGGAUUGGCCUUGAUGGACAGUUGCAGGGCAUUUUGGGGAUUCUAAAUUUUUAAAUGUGUUUUGUGCUAUUAAUUUCUAUUCACAAUAAAUUAUGCCAUUAAUUUAUCUCCUAUUCCAAACUCUCUCUUACCCUAACCACUAGCGGCCCUCUUCUCCUCUGUUGCGUAUCCAAGCUUCAUCAAAGCCUCUCUCAGCAGCCCUUGCCGCCUCAACGGCUUCCUCAUGAACUCUACUUGCCUCAUUCUCCUUCCUCUUGAUCUCCAUCUUUAGCAUCUCAUUUUACUCUGCAACUGCGCCUCCUUGUCCAACAAACUGAUCUUCAGCUCGGCCAAAACAGCCUCCGAAUUCUUCAAUUCCGCCGUCAGUUCAGAUUCCUCGCAUAGCCCCGACAGAUUCGUCUCGAUUUUCAAGCUCGAUCCUUCGUUAUCCGCCUGGAGUCACGAUACCCUCCAAAGCCCAGACAUUUUUUACUCGCUUGAGCAGCUGAGGACUUGGAGAAGCAGAUGAUGAAGAUUUUCGAGGUCAAUGGAGACACUCUCGCUCUUUCCCUUUACUCCGACGUGACAAACUCAAAGGAACUCCUUGAGUCUAUGCAAGCCAGAACUUUGGAACCAGAAGUUGCUUUUCUCAAUGCUUCUCUUAUUCCAGAUGUUUUCCCUGUUCUAGCAGCUGCACAUAAAACCCUCGUGUCCAAGUUGAGGGAGUCGUUGACAACCCGAACUCUUCAUUCUGAGCUUGUUUAUAAUUAUUCCGGAUCUAAGCAUAUUACAGAGUCCUUGAAAAGAUGCGGGAUCUCCGAAAGCUCAACUUAUGUGCUUGCGGCCCGUUUCAGUGCUUCUCUUGAUGAGAUGAAAGCUGUAGAGAAACUAAUCAAUGGGAAAGAGAUUGACUUGGAAGAACUAGGAGCUAGAGCGGACCAAGCCCAAAUUCAAAAGCACUACAAGAUAUCUAGCCAGGAGCUAGGGAUAUCCUCGCUUACAGAUGCUAUUACGUGCCGGAUUGCUUCCCGUGAUGCUUUAUGAGAAAGAGUGAGCACCAAGUUUAUCAUUUAGUUCUUCUUAGUUUUUCCAAUGCCCAGCAACAUGUUAAUCUUUCAAGAGGCAAAGCGAAAUGUUGAGGGAAAGAACUUGUCCAAAUUCCCAGAAACACGUAUAUUGAUACCAGCCAGUAUCUAAAUGUGAUUUGUUUAGUUUUAGUUGAA